CAAACAACAAAAACAAAACUUCAUUUCUUUUUAUCCAAAAGAAAACCACAACCAAAGAUCUGCAUCCAUCCAGCUACGCUCAGAGUUCCAUCUCAGCUCCCAUACAUGGACCAUAUCCUCAGCAUAACCUGGCGGUGGCUCCUUGACCCCGUCCUCCUACUGCGUGCCUUUUACCUUGCCGCAUCCGCUAUUAUCCUCGUCAUACAGGCGCUACCUGCCUUGAGCUCCCGCUUCCUAGCCUAUGGUUCCCGUGCUACACCUACACCUACGUCUUCGUCUUCGUCUUCGUCUUCGUCUACCUCUGCGCCUGAACAACCUACAGCAAAGCCAACAUCUGCCUUUCCAUUCGCACAAUUCCUCGAUUAUCUCGCCACCCUUACAGUCCCCCAUAACUACUUCACCCACUUCUACAUCCUCUCCGUGCUAUGUUCCCUCAUUUGGGGAUAUCUCCUCUUCCUCCCCUCUCCCUUCCCCUCCUUUCAGCUUUCCUGGCUCCUGAUGCUUCUCCAAGGUGUACGGCGCCUCCUCGAAUCCCAUGCCUACACAUCGUCCAGUAGUAGCAAAUCUCGAAUGUGGUUCGGCCACUGGGUCCUUGGCUUAGCAUUCUACCUAACCGUCAACAUCGCAGUCUGGAUCGAAGACUAUUACUACUACUAUGACUACGACCACGGGGCCCACUCGUCAUCUUCGUCGUCCUUGUUCAAAUGGAAGUCAGCCCUGCUAGUCCCGCUGAUACUAACUUCGCACGCCUUACAAAACAGUUACCACGCCUACCUCUUCCGCCUUCGCACGACGACGUCCACCAAAUCACCUUCUGACCAAAGAACAUACCGCCUCCCUACGCACCCGCUUUUCCCAUCUCUCCUAUGCCCGCACUACACAUGCGAAAUAGCAAUCUAUCUCCUCCUCUCCCUACUCGCUGCACCGCACGGCCAGACCGUAAACUACACCCUCCUCGCCGCUACCACGUUUGUCGCCGUAAAUCUAGGCGUCACGGCCAAAGGGACGAAAGAAUGGUAUUUGCAGAAGUUUGGAGAGGAUAGGGUAGCGGGGCGGACGAGGAUGAUCCCUUGGGUCUGGUGAGGUGAUGACAGGUGGGAGGAGGUCGUGGUGGUGGAUGCGACGUAUCUGGGUUCGAGGAAAUGUCGAUCAUAUGUUUCUCCAAAAAAGGGGAAACAAGGACUACAUCCUAGAUGUUUUGGCGACGAAAGUGGGGAGGGAAACGUUUU